UUCUUACUGGGGGCCACUUGCGCAGGAGGACUAACGAAGACGACGACUUGGAGGAGGAGGAGGAAGAAGAAGAAUCGGGAGCCCACAGAAGCCAGCAGCACUUCUUUUGUUUUGAAGACCCCGACGCGCGGGGGUCACGGUGGGCUGAAUGGACUCCGACUGAAGACGCGAACUGACGGCAGCCACGCAAGCUAAUUAGGAAAACCUGGUGGCGCAAUUAAGCGCACAAGUCCAUUUAGCUCUACGGUCCCCUCGACACCAUGAGUUGGAGUUUCCUGACACGUCUGCUGGAUGAGAUUUCCAACCACUCCACUUUUGUGGGGAAGAUCUGGCUGACGGUGCUCAUCAUCUUCCGCAUCGUCCUGACAGCAGUCGGUGGGGAGACAAUCUACUAUGAUGAACAGAGCAAGUUUGUCUGCAACACGCAGCAGCCGGGUUGUGAGAACGUGUGCUACGACGCCUUUGCGCCACUCUCACAUGUCCGAUUCUGGAUAUUUCAGGUAAUUAUGAUCACCACUCCUACCAUUAUGUACCUGGGAUUCGCCAUGCACAAGAUCGCCCGCAUGGAAGACUCAGACUACCGGCCGCUACGCAAAAAGAAGAGGAUGCCCAUCGUCAGUCGUGGUGCCGUUCGGGACUAUGAGGAGGCUGAGGACAACGGCGAGGAAGACCCAAUGGUUGCUGAGGAAAUCGAACAGGAAAAGCCAGACAAGAAGGAAAAAAGCUCGCAGGAGAAGAAGCACGAUGGACGGCGGAGAAUCCUGCGAGACGGCCUGAUGAGAGUGUACAUAUGCCAGCUUCUGUGGCGCUCAGCCUUCGAAGUCGGCUUCCUUUGUGGCCAGUACAUCUUGUAUGGGUUUGAGGUGAUCCCUUUUUACGAGUGCACUCGCUCGCCGUGCCCGCACAGAGUCGACUGCUUUGUGUCUCGGCCGACUGAGAAGACCAUCUUCCUGCUGGUCAUGUAUGUGGUAUCUUUCCUCUGCCUGGUCCUCACCAUCUUCGAAAUCAUGCACUUGGGCAUCGGCAGCAUCCGCGACACCUUCCGCAGGCGGGCCACCCUCAGAUCACAUAGGCCCUCUUCUUUGCAUGCCAUAGCCACUGCGCCACCAGGCUAUCACGCUGCUAUAAAAAAGGGAUCCAAAGCGGAGCUGAGAAUCUCGCCGGCAGGUGAAUCUGGCAUGGACAGUUUUGGUGAUGUGGGCAACUCAUCCCGUGACCUGGAGCGAUUACGUCGGCACUUAAAGCUGGCGCAGCAGCACCUGGACCUGGCCUACCACACAGAGGAAGGAAGUCCCUCACGCAGCAGCAGCCCGGAGGUUCACACUGUGGCGCAAACGCCAGCUGAGCAGAACCGCCUCAAUUUUGCUCAAGAGAAGCAGGGAGAUGCCAGUCAGAAAGGAAUACGUGCCUGAACCUGCUUCCUUGCCCAAGCUUCUAUCUUGUUGUUCCUACCAGCCUUUUAUCACGUUGGGUGGGGGUGCAUCUGGAGAAAACAGUUGGACCACUGAGAGACGAUGUGUGCAUGUGUGAAAGAAUGUUCCUUGCAGUAUUACAUGUUUGUUGAAAAGGAAUGAUGAGUCACCUUUAAUGGCAGUUCCAUCGUCAGCUGUUCAACCCAAUGCCCCAGGGAGACAGACCCUCUCCCUCUCCCACUCUUGCUCCCGCUUGCUCAUUCAGUGGCUUAUUUGGCCUCACAUUCCCAUCCAUUCCUGCCACGUCGGCUGGCCCACUUCUUUUACUCCUUCGCACAAAAGGAGUGCUUUUUGUGUAAGGUUUGUUGAGGCUAACUUGAGUAGAUGAUGUUUCUGGACCAGUGCUCAGUGUUGUUGUUUUUCUAAGGCUUAUUAUAUAUUUCCUUCAUGGGGCCAAAAUGUGCAUCUGGGGAAUGCUUGAAUUCAUUAUGCUUGCAACAUUCUGAUGAAUUUCCCCAAAAUGUUCUAAAUUUCAUUCAGAAUAUUUUUGUGGACCAAAACAUGACCUAGAAAGAUGUUUCUGUUUUUGCUUCAGUGAGAGUUUUUCUUUCUGGAAUGAUAUGAUUCAAUGUCAUCCUUGCCGAAGGUUUGAAAUACAGUGACUUUUUUUUUUUUUUUUUUUAAGAGGUUUGGGGUGGCUUAUCGGCUAGACCUCAUUGAACUUUGUGGCUAUCAGCAGUGCCAACUAAAUCAUGCUUAAAUGCAUUCCUCCUGGGUGAGACAUGAUUUUCCAUCCCCAACAUAUGCGGCCCUUGUUCAUGGUCCAGCACGGAUGCUUAUUCACAAAACCUCUCCCUGCAGUCAGCAGCUAACACCCACUUUUGUUUUUGGAGUCCUGUGGAGGUCAGCACAUUCUUAGCUUCGCAAUUGCUUUUUGGUGUCUUGUUUGAAAAGAUGGUCAAUUUCAAUCAAUCAAUUCUCAUGCCAAGUGUUUGCCCUUGAGUUGUA